GGGUGAUGCUGUAAUGCAUCGCUGACGUGGUCGCCGUGCAGCAUUCCGGAGGGGCAGCGAACUCGUCAACAGACAACAACGUGCCACUGCGAUUUGAACCCCCUCUUCCUCCUUUCCUCGACCAUUUCGCUGCUGCAUUUGAACUUGACCCUCUGAAUCGGCAUCUUCUUGAGAAUAUUCAUGAAUGACCGCCGACCUCCCACAUAACAGCAUGUCCGUCCCUACGGUCCGACGAGCCUUUGGGUCGAUUUCCAAGCAGCGAUCGCUCUACUCCGUUCGAGACAGACUCCAUUUCGGCAUCCUCGUGCACCUCUUCAACAUCGCCCUGGCGCUGGUGCUCCUCCCGCUGAACAACACCAUUCUCUUGGCGGCUUACACUGCGGGGUAUCUCUCGUUUGUACUGUCGCGCUCGGACCCGAUCCAACGACGCCAGGCGGCCCUGCGCGAUGUGCAGUUCUAUCCGAAGACGAUCCUCGUGACAGGCGUCGAUACGCCGCACGGGCUGGCGGUCGCACGAAGCUGCUACCAUCAGGGCCAUCGCGUGGUCGGAGUGAGCGUCACGGAGACGGCGAUCCCGUCGGGGGAGAGCAUGUCGAAGGCGCUGGGGGCGUUCUACCGGAUUCCGAAAACGAAGUACGUAUCGCGACUGCUGGACGUGAUCAAUCGCGAGAAAGCGGACGUGUGGGUUCCGUGCUCCGAGAAGGCGUCGGUGCUGGACGAUGCGAUGGCCAAGCAGGUGAUUGAGGGGCGGACGGAGUGCAAGUGCAUCACGAUGGACACGGAGCUGGCGAGCAUGUUCGGUCGGCCGGCGACGUUCCGGCAGUAUCUGGUCGAGAAGGAGUUGCCGGUGGUCGAGAACCAUCAGGUGCAGUCGCGGGACUCGAUCCAUAAGAUUCUACACCGGUCGCCGACCAAGACGUAUCGGAUUUCGCGACCGGAUCCGGUCACGCGAGAGAACAAGAUCAUCACGCUGCCGAAGCGGACGCUGAGUCUGACGUAUUCGGAGGUCAGCGAGAUUCAGAUCUCGAAGGAGAGUCCGUGGACGCUGCAGCAGCAGAGCCGGCUGGGGGAGUUCCUGGCCGAGAUGCUGGUGGUGCAUGGCCAUGUCAAGGCGAUCAAGGUUCGUCCGGCGGACGAUCAGUCGACCUGGGGUCGGUCGCGGCUGGACGAGGGGCUCACCAUGUCGAUCCACAAGCUGAUGGAGCGGUUUGCGCUGAAGGGGGGAUAUCGGAUGACGGGUCACAUCUGCGUCCGGGUCAUGGUGGACGAAGAAGUCGACGCCAACCAGGUGCGCUAUGCGCUUCACAUCAACGGAUGCACGCAAGGCGCAGGGGCUGUCAACGAUCUUCUACAAGAUGCAUCCGAGCAGCUAGUUCGAGGGUAUCUUUCCGUGGAGGCUCCGCAUCUCAAUGGCUUCAUGGCGUCAGAUUCUGUGGAUGCGCUGCGCAUCCAGGCGGCCCAAUCUAUCGUGUCUACGACGCCACGGCCGAAAUUCAGCCUGUACCAGAAACUGAAGGAGCACGACGACGAAAACCUCUUCACUGUAUUAUACCCCGUCGCUCAGCAUAUCGACACCCUCAUCAGCGGGACCGAACGAGCCCUCAUGUUCUGGCGAGAUUGGCGAUUCUCGAUCCACGACCCCCUUCCUUGGUGGUGGGACGCCCAUGUCUACCAACCGUUGAAGGAGUUGGAAUCAAUUGUGAGUGGGGCCGAAGUGAAAGAAGCCUGAUCGCGUGCCUACGGAGUAUACCCAUCUUUUCCAUCUGCCUGUUCAAUCAUCAUUUCGUUAUCAUAUUAGUUACCCUAUUUGUUCGGACGGCAAGAUCCGUCAGUAUCAGUUUGCAUGGCAUGACAUAAAGGAGCAUCGGGUGGCGUCUUGUCGUGCAUAAUCACAUUGCUUAUUCCUUCUGC